AUUCUUUGAAAAGAGUCACUGAAAAGUUGUUAAUUAAAAAAUAACUAAAAUAUAUAAAAAUUUGUGUUGAAAUUAGUUAUUUAAACAAAAUUUUCAAAUUAGUUUACUUAUACGUGGUAUGCAUACCGAUUGGUCCUAUUGGGGAGUGAUAGAUGACCAUGGAGAGUUUGACACACAAAUUGCUUACCACUGCGCUUAUCUAUUUUCUCUUCCUGCAGCUGGCGAUCCGAUUCGGUAUCUUCGGGCCAACGAUUCUCGAUUUGGGUCAUCACUUGAAUGUCACUCAAUCACAAAUGUCUUUAGUUUUCUCUAUGACCAGCGCUGGUGUCUGUGUCGGUGCCAUAACAAGUGGAUUUGUAUUCAAAUGGAUACCUAAGCAACUGGCGAUGGCUACCAUUCUUGUGGUGCUUGGAAUUAUCGUAUCAUUUGUCACGUCUAUCAAAGAUUAUUACCUCUUUAUAGUCCUUCACUUCAUUAUUGGUGUCACAUCCGGUGCUGCUAUUAAUGGUUGUGAAGCCUGGGUUUUAGAGAUAUGGACCGAUGCCUGUGCACCAUAUAUGCAAGCGCUUCAAUUCUUUAGAGGACUGGGCUAUAUAUUGGGUCCAAUUAUUGCCGAACCAUUUCUAGCUCCAGAAGCCAACAAUAUACUAACAACUCCAACAUCAAUGACUGAUGAAGCAAUCAUUUUGAGUUCAAAUAAUUCAGAAAAAUUUUCAUUUAAAGAUAAAACUGUAGAAAAUGAAGAAAAUAAGUCAUAUAUUUACAUACCUUAUAUGAUUAACGGCUUAAUGUUGGUAUUUGCAUCUGUUUUGAUAAUAUUUCAAUACUUAUAUACCUUAAGACAGAGAAGGUCUACUAAUAUAGCAAUGGCUUCAUCUCAAGACAAUAUUAUCUCAAAAAGCAAGAGUUUUGACGACAAGUUGUCACGAAUUGAGAGCAUUGAAAAAUAUGAAGAGAAUAGUCAUAAUGAAUCCAAUGAAUCCAAAAGACAUGAACCAAAGUCAUACAAAUAUACAAUAAUAAUAUUGUGUUCCUUAUUCUACCUGUUCUUCUUCGAAGAAGUAGUGGUCACUUAUUUGGCCUCUUUCUCGGCCAACAUUGACCUCCACUUAACCAAAUCUGCCGGUGCUUUCCUUACCUCAAUAUUCAACUUAUCUAAUGUUAUCGGCAAAGCUGUUAGCAUUGUAUUGGCACUAAAGCUCAGACACUUUACAAUGUUAUACAUGAAUUUGACAGUAAUUGUCAUUUCACUCAUAGUUUUGGCAAUUUUUUCCAACACAUCUCUCACUAUGUUUUGGUUUGGUGUUUGCCUUUUAGGUAUUGGCUUAUCCAGUAUCAUAGCAUCACUCUAUGCUCUGAUGGAAAACGCUAUAACUAUGAAUUCAAUGGUAUGUGGUAUACUGAAUAUGUCCGGGACAUUGGGCAGUGUGUUUGUUCCGCUGGCAAUUGCCAACUAUAUCCAGUCCUAUCCGUUAUCAUUGAUUUUUGCAUCACUUUUAUGUGCCGUUUGUUGUGUAAUAAUAAUGAUUGUCAUUAAUUUGGUUAUUGUCUUUCAUAAGAGACAACUUAAACAAAGUCAAACCAAUUUGGUUAUUGAAGACCAAUCUGUUGUCCAAAAGUUUUAA